AUGCCAAGUAGGGGAAGUAGUAUCAAGAGGAGGACUGAAAGCAUCCAUCUUGCAUCUUCCCUAACAGGGAGUUGCUCAGCGCCUGGUUGUGAAAAGCUCUUCAGGCCGAUUCACUUACCACCUUCCAAGGAAGAUUCUUGUCAACAAUGUGCAGACGGCUUGGGUGAUCUGGAAUUGGUUUCCCAUCAUGAGUUCUUUGUUGUCUUCUGUGCUGGAUCACAUGAAGAAAACUCUUCUUCACCAAAUCCAUCUCAGAAGCUCUCCCUGAUAAGAAAUAGCAUGGUGUCAUUGCAUCAGCCUUCUAAACCAGAAAUCUCUUGUAUCAUCGGCUCAAGCUGCUCAUGGGUGACGUCAACAGACAGUUUUGGAAAACCAGACUGGGUGUUAUCUUCGGUUGGUGUCCUGGUGUCUCAGGACAGGCAGCAGCUGCUUCUGGAAAACAGUUCCUCCCGUGGAGAUGUUGAAGGGGACAUUUUCCUCCUGAACACCAGUAGGCUACCAGAUAGAUGUGAGUUCAGCCUACAUAGCCCCAUCCUGCCUGGGAGCGUGGACUCUUGCUUGCUGGAACUGGCCAUAUAUUCACAGGAUGCUGUUCCUCUCCUCCAGAGGUUCACAGCUGAAAUCAGAUAUGUGGACACAAACAGAAAUAUAAUAAUUUCUCUGAGAAUUGGCCAUGAGGAGGAUGCCGGGAUGAAAUGGAAAUCCGUGAUGGCCCAGGUUGGCCGUAUAGAAAGACCUUUUAAAAUCACCUUGCUGUAUUCAAACUGUGGAGCACAAGAGGGUGGACUGCUGGCAGUGGGCUCCUUGCAACUCAGAAACUGCUUUCAUGAUAAAGAAAACCAAGAUCUUUCUAUAUAUGACAAAGGUUCAGCUUUCCCUUGCCUUCAUGGAGGCUGUGUUAGCCACCUACAAAUCUGUGAAUUCAUCAGUGAUUGCCCUGCCAAAGAAGUGGAAGGAGUGAGGUGUGAUAGUCUCCCAGAGGGCUCACAUUGCUCUUUUGAAGAGGGUCCAUGUGGCUGGACGCUGAAUGAAACUGCAGCAUCUCCUUGGUCUAUUAGGGGCUUUACUGAAAUGAUUCAAGGUCAUUCAUUUGUAGGGUCUACCUUGCAAACCACUGAAGGACACUUCCUCCAUCUGCGAGCAGAGAGCAAUCACACAAGUGGUAUGGCCAAGGCUUACAGUACCAGUUUACCAGCAAGUAUUGCCACUGAAGAUUACCAGAUCCAGUUCUCAGUGCAUGUUUUUGGCAGCUACAAUGGUACCGUCUCCUUCUCUGUCAGGGAAGAGAUAAAAGGAGCUCCAGUAAUCAUGCCAAUGUGGGAAAGAGCAGGGAGCUGGAGCGAUCACUGGUUUCUCGUCACUUUACCAAUGCCAGUGCUUCAAAACCGGUUUAAGCUACAACUGCUGGCAACCUGGGGCUGGAAUUCCCAAGCUGACAUAGCUAUUGACAACAUUACAUUUGGACUGGACUGCUUCAAUGAUGGAAGACAAACAAAUCAUUUCAGUGGGAAGCGACAGUACCCACGGGAGAUUAGUAUCCCUGAUGAGCAUCUUCUGAACCCCCUGGAAGAGCCUUCCCUCCCAGGGGACACAUCUGUUGUUCUCUGGUGGUUCACAACAUGUGGUGCUAGUGGUCCACACGGGCCAACUCAAGCUCAGUGUGACAAUGCCUAUAAGAACAGCAAUGUGUCGGUGACGGUGGAGAAAGAGGGCAGGCUUCGAGGAGUGCAAGUCUGGAGAGUGCCAGCCACAAACCGAUACAGGAUUUCUGCCUAUGGAGCAGCUGGAGGGAAGGGAGCCAAAAACCACAAUAAGAGGUCCCACGGGGUCUUCAUCUCAGCCACCUUCCAGCUGGAGAAAGAUGAGCUGUUGUACAUCUUAGUGGGGCAGCAGGGGGAAGAUGCCUGUCCUGGGGCCAAUCCUCAAACCCAGAAGAUCUGCUUAGGGGAGUCAUCUCUCAUUGAAGAAUAUUAUAAAAAAAGAAAAGACCUGAAGGACUGGGCUGGAGGAGGGGGUGGUGGAGGAGGGGCAACCUAUGUCUUUAGACAGAAGGAUGGGAUUUUCGAACCUUUGCUCAUCGCAGCAGGAGGAGGAGGAAAAGCCUACCUGAAGGCUCAGGACAACUCCCUGGAUGAUGUACCACUGGAGCAAUUUGAGAACAGCACUGCAGUACCUGGAGUCAGUGGGAGGACUGGGGCAGCAGGUGGAGGUGGUGGCUGGCAAGAUGUGACUCUGCUUCCUCAAGCUGGAAAGUCCCUUCUGGAAGGUGGAGAAGGGGGGCAAGCUUGUCCCCAAGCACUAGCCAAACUCCAGUGGGCCACCUCUGGUGGUUUUGGUGGGGGAGGAGGAGCUUGUACUUCUGGUGGAGGAGGUGGAGGCUACAGAGGGGGGCAUGCCUCUGACAACGAUGAUAUGCUGGCUGGUGGGCAGGAUGGCAUCUCUUUUGUGAACCCCAUUGGAGAGAUCUUCUUGCAUCCCCUGGCAGCCAUGGAGAGUCAUGGUGAGGUGGAGGUUCAGAUCUAUCUUAACUGUAGCCACUGCCACUCAGACAACUGUAAGAGGGACCCUGACACCAACCUGCCAGUCUGUCAAUGUGAGAUAGGGGCUGUGCUAGCCAACGACAAUGUCACAUGCACUGUGCCACAGACUCGCAUCCCAGAGGGACACCUGCCUCUCCCACUCCUCCUAGCUGUGGUGGCUGUGAUUGUAGUGCUCGGAAUGAUCCUCACUUGUGGCAGCCUCUCUAUCAUUUAUCACCUUAAGAAACAGCAGCUGGAAGGAGCCAGAGCACGACUGCAGAGCCCGGAGUACAAACUGAGCAAAAUCCGCACAUCAGCCAUCAUGACAGAUUACAACCCUAACUACUGCUUCGCAGGGAAGGCUGCUACUCUGAGUGAGCUGAAGGAGAUCCCACGGAAGAACAUCUCUCUGCUUCGGGCACUAGGACAUGGUGCAUUUGGUGAGGUUUAUGAGGGAACAGUGGUAGGCAUUGCAGGAGAUCCCAAUCCUCUUCAAGUGGCUAUCAAGACACUUCCAGAAGUCUGCUCUGAGCAAGAUGAGAUGGAUUUUCUGAUGGAAGCACUGAUUAUCAGCAAGUUCAAUCACCAAAAUAUUGUGCAAUGCAUUGGUGUUAGCCUACAGACGCUGCCUCGCUUCAUUCUGCUUGAGCUUAUGGCUGGAGGAGAUAUGAAGAGUUUUCUUCGGCAGAACCGACCCAGGGUGAAUCAACCAUCCACGCUAACAAUGCAGGACCUGCUGAACAUAGCUAGGGAUAUUGCCUGUGGCUGUAAAUAUCUGGAAGAGAAUCAUUUCAUCCACAGAGAUAUAGCUGCAAGGAAUUGCCUUUUGACCUGCACUGGAGCAGGACGAGUAGCCAAAAUUGGUGACUUUGGGAUGGCCAGGGAUAUUUACAGAGCAAGUUACUAUCGCAAAGGAGGAAGAGCUAUGCUUCCUGUCAAGUGGAUGCCACCAGAAGCUUUUCUAGAGGGUAUUUUCACCUCCAAGACUGAUACCUGGUCCUUUGGUGUGCUGCUCUGGGAGAUCUUCUCUCUGGGUUACAUGCCCUAUCCUUGCAAAACCAAUCAGGAAGUGCUGGAAUUUGUCACCAGUGGAGGAAGAAUGGACCCACCAAAGAACUGUCCAGGGCCAGUGUACCGGAUCAUGACACAGUGCUGGCAGCACAGCCCAGAGUACCGGCCAAACUUCUCCACCAUCCUGGAAAGAAUCAAGUAUUGCACACAGGACCCUGAUGUGAUCAACACCGAGCUGCCCGUGGAGUGCAGCCCAGCACCAGAGGAUGAAGGGAGCACAGUCAUGCGCCCAAACGUUUCCAGUGGGAUGGUGCCCCUGUUGGUGAGCCCUUCUCUCACACCUCAGACAACACCUAAAACGCUGGACUCCCACCAUGCUGGGCACAAACUUGUACAGUGUCCACAAGAACUACUGGUGGAGAACCUGAGCAACCGGACUGCUCGAGGACCCAGCCUGCCCUGCCUCAGUGAUUUCAACAGUGGGUCCUGGAUCCAGCAGACUUCAAACCAGAAGUUAGAACUCAGCAAUCCACCAACCCACAGACUGAAGAACAAAACAAAAAACCUUUGGAACCCAACCUAUGGAUCCUGGGUGCUAGAGAACAUCUGUCACUUGAGCCCCACCUCCAAGCUGAAAGCAACUCCAGAGCGAGAAGAUUCAGGCUUUGAUGGGAAUUGCAGCUCUUCUCCUAGUUCUCGGGCAUCUCCAGCAUCUCCAAGUCGAAGCAACUGCCCUCACUUGGAUAUUGGUGGGAUUGAACUGGUGAAACUCCAGACUUUCCCCUGCGGCAAUGUAAAUUAUGCCUAUGAUGAUCUGUGCUAUAGCACUGACCACCAGCCAUCAGUUUUGGCAGGGGUCAGAGCAGCUGUGCUAAGGAGCUCCAGUCUGCAUACAGAUGAGAAGCCCUUGUAUAAAACAGAGAAAACAGCAAGAGAGAGGGACUCUGGUCUGUCUUUGUCAGAUGACCUGAGUGUUACACCAGUAUAA